AUGUCGGCCACAGCGUCGUCGACUGUCGGCUCCGGCCUGCCGACGCCCUCAUCUAAAGCCUAUGAAGAGUUCUACGUAGCUACCUUCUGGUCUUACCGGCCUCGAGGCGUUGCCCAUGUCCUGAACAAGGCCAGGGCCAUUGCCGAGACAGGCCAUCUUGAGGUUAUGUAUGACCCCAAACAACAGUGGUUCAAAGUCAUCUGUCUCAGAGAUCAAGUCUCCUCAGUCCAGGCUCGGCUGGUCAAGCUUCUGAGAACUCUCGAUGGCGACUUAUCCUGGGACAGCGUAGUUGACGAGGGUGGCGAGCCCGUGCCCGAGAUCUCGCAUCCUUGGAUCCAGUCGUUGAGAGACUGCUCGGCCUGGUCCAUCGAACAGGCCCAGGCGCCCUUGGAUGCGGAUCACGAUCUCUCAUCCAUCGACAGAGCCGAGCUGCCAGACUCGGUCAGACACUUCAAGGCUGUGCGCUGUUGGAAUGAGAUCGACGACAAUGAGCCCAAGGACGUCGACAUCGACAAAAUUCUUCCUGCCGGCUCGUUGCUGGAGCUUGAGCGCUCUACUGGUGCCACCAUCAUCGCGGAUGGCAUGGGCCGCGUCGUUUAUAUGGGCGGCCACGGCCAAGAUGUAGUCGACAGCGCGUAUGCGAGGCUCUCUUGUCUUCUCAAACAUUCGCACGAUGAGCCCUUUAACGCUGUUCACCUACUGUACUCCGAGGCCAACCACACGUUCAGUGUGGAUGUGAGACUCAUGUCGGCCAUUAAUCCUAAUCUGGUCAGCUCAUCACUGGUGGACCCCAUAGCCGGACCCAGCAUGGCCGAGCAGUACAAGGCCAUAUCCGGUGCUGCGAGCCUGAGAAUCUCCCUCCCAAACCCUGCUCUAAAGAGCAUGCGGUCACUUUUCGGCCCGCGUCAGCCGGCGCGCUUCAAGCUCGAGGAGGCUCCCAGCUUCUGA